UUCAAUUAUUAGUUUUAAAUCAAUUUAAAUUAUCAGAAAACUAUGCAAUAUAUUUUAUUUUAGUAUUAAAGAAAACUUUGUAAUAUGCAGUUAUUUGAUAAGCACAAACUGAUUUAAAGACAAAUGUAAGAACAAAACUCUGAUUUUUAGUUUUAUCUUACAUUUUUGCUAAGAAAAAAUAGACAUUGUUAAAAUAUAUAAUAUAUAAUGUUCUAUCUAAAUAAUAUCUAAAUAAACAUUUAUUAUGUAUCUUUGAGUUAACAGUAGUUUUCUUGUGUUGGCACAAAUUGUUUAAUGGUAUCAGCCAAUUCCUAUCUGUUCAGUCUGCUCAUGAUUAAUGGACGAAACGACCCUGAACUUCCUCUUCGGCUUCGUUUACCGGAAGUCUAUAAAUUAUAAACGCAAGACGGGGCUGCUCGUGUAUUCUUGACGACGUGUUGCAUAACGACUAGACGCGUAUUCAUCACGACGGUUUGCGAAAAAGUUCCAGGCAAAUGGCAAUCGACAGCAAAGUCGGCGUAAAGUACAGAGGAGGGAAAUGGUGUACAAGUGCCUUCCGAUGUAUUUUUGGCGGACGCGUCUGGCCGAACUACUAACCCUUGACGCGUUUUCUCUUUUUCAAACGCAGUAGCCGCUGGUUACCCGCCGCGGUAAUGUUCGUUCGAUUGCUAGAUCCUGCGGGAGCGUAGCAUCCCUUCACCAAUAAACAUGGAGGAUAAUCCAACGCAAGAAAUUCCGGCUUACGUUAGGCAUCGUUACGGAUGGCACGUGAGAACGCGAGUCGCGGUGGUGAUGCUCAUCUGCGUCGGAUCGAUGAUCAUUUACUGGUUUGUCAGUUCGAGCAUGGAAAAUCGGCGGGAUGGCAGACACAGAGGGUCGGCUGGUGGGAAGUCUCGUAAAAUGGCCCAUUUGGAAAGGCUAUCCGAUCAAGUUUUACCAUUAGAAUACACUCUGAAAAUACUGCCCAUAUUAGAAGAGAAAAAUUUCACGAUGAUCGGCGAUGCGCAGAUCGAGUUUUAUUCCAAAGUACCGACUAAACAUAUACGACUUCACGCUCGUAAGCUCCUCCUACAAGACGUUAGCGUGAGGGAAUACCGCUCGCCGAACGCAUCGAAGAUAAAGAGCACGUAUGUCGUAAUGGAUGAGGACUUCAUUGACGUGUUUCUUCUACAUGUAUUGAUAGCGAAAGAGAUUUACAUUUUACACAUAAAAUAUAUGAUCCCGUUGCAUGAGCAACCUAAAGGAUUUUUCAGGAGCGCGCAUAUUGACCGUGAUACAAACGAAACCAGAUGGAUAGCGGUGUCGAACUUCUCGCCAAAUUACGCUCGAACGGCUUAUCCGUGCUUCGACGAGCCGUGGAUCAAGACGCCGUUUCGCAUUUCGAUCGGCAGAAAAUCUAACAUGCGAUCACAUUCGAACUCAAUGCGCAAAUUCACCGAGGAAAUACACGGCAUGUCAGGAUACGUCUGGGACCAUUAUGAGAAAACUUUCCGGAUGCCCACUUACGUGGUCGCCUUUAUGGUCACCGAUUUUUCGAGUUACGACGUUGCCGUCACCGAUCGACCAUCGCAUACAAUCUUUUUCAGGAAGGAAAUCGAGAAUGACACGAGAUACAUCGGCGACCUGAUACCGAAAGUUCUUCGUGCAGUACAAAACCUUACUGGAUUUUAUUAUGAAUUAGAUAAACUGGAUGUGAUCGUGGUUCCUGAAUAUGCAUAUACCGCUAUGGAAAACUGGGGUCUCAUAACAUUUCGAGAAGACGUCAUCCUUGUAAAAAAAGACGACACCGAGUCCGAAAGGGGAUUAGAUAAAGUCGUGGCACACGAAGUCGCCCACCAAUGGUUUGGUAAUUUGGUAACGCCGAAAUGGUGGGACGAAGUGUGGUUGAAAGAAGGAUUCUCGUCAUUUUUCGGUUUCUUAGCGCUAAAAACGCUGGAGCCUGCAUCCUGGAAUCUUCAGACCCAUUUCCUGAACGAGUGUCACGAUGUGUUUGACAGCGACGCCGACGAAGCGGCACACCCGUUACAUAUUGAUCUGAGGAAAUUGAGCGGGCUCACCGGCAUCUUUGAUUCAACGUCAUACGUCAAGGGUAAUUGCAUGGCGCACAUGAUCUAUCAUUUUCUGGGCGAGCGGCUCUUCCUCUCGUGUGUGCGCCACUACAUGCGCAUGUAUCACUAUCGCAACGCCGAUCAAGAGGAUCUUUGGAGCGCUUUUCAGAUGGAGAUCGAUGGAGCGAAUGGGCUACCGGCUUCCUCAGGGCUCCGCAUGAAGGACGUUAUGCGAACUUGGACGUAUCAGGCCGGCUUCCCUGUCCUGCGCGUCCAACAGAACCGAGAAACCGGUGCGAUCGAGCUUACGCAGGACCGAUUUUAUCGUUAUGGCCUAAAUAGUACGAGCGAAGAGUUAUGGCACAUCCCGUUGACGUGGACAACCGAAAAUGAACAGCAAUUUAGUAAUACCCUGCCGAAGGCAUGGAUGGUCAAGAAACGCAUGAAAAUUAACGACAUUGCUUUGAGCCGGGCGACUUCCAACAACCAGUGGAUUCUGUUCAAUAUCAAUCAAACGGCAUUGUAUCGUGUCAACUAUGACGUAGAAAACUGGAAACUAUUGACGAAAUCUUUUCGAGCUCUGCCGCAAGCAACCAAAGCGCAGGUGCUGACUGACUCAUUUGCGAUGGCUAAUGCUGAACAGCUUGAUAAAAGAAUCAUGUGGAAUAUUUUUGAAAAAAUGGAAACGGAAAAUGGAGAAAUGUUGUGGAAACUCGCAUUGCGUUUGCUGAAUACUAUUCAAGAUCAGUUUUGGGACUCAAGCUUGUUCAAGUUUGUCAUGUGCAAAUUUAUAGAUAAAGUGUAUAGCAAGAUGGCACCGGCUAUUUAUAAGGAUCCUACGCUAUGGACAGACUUCGAGAUCAGCUUAAUGAAAUUUGCAUGUUCGGUAGACUAUCAAGCAUGUUUAACAGCGGUUCUUAACUUUGAUCAAGAAAUGCUACGAAAUGAGUCGAAUUCUUUACCACAAGGAUUUCGUCGUUGGGUGUACUGCACACUCGUGAAAGUCGCAACGAAGGAAGAAUGGCUGGCACUCCUGAAAAGAUACAACGAGUCAGCAGUACACGAUAAGAGAAGCCUCACCUUCGCGUUGGGAUGUCAGGCCGACGCAAGUCUGUUACAAAGAUAUUUAGCCAUAAUAUAUUCACAAAAGAAUAUAACGUCUGAAUAUGCAACAAUAGCUCUUGAAUCCGUUGCGUUAAAUCCAUACGGAUAUCACAUUGCAAUAGAAUUUAUAAGGCAACAUUGGAAUAAGUUUAAUACGAACACAACAGAAGAAAACACUAAUUACGUAAAUGUUACCUUGAUUGGUGUAUUAGAUGCCUUAUCGAGUCAUAUUCACCAAAAAGAGGAUAUGGAAUUGGUACUACAACUAAAAGGCAAGAGUGAGAAAUACGACACCAUGAUAGGGAAGGUUAUUAAUAGAGUCCAGACCAAUGCGUGGUACAGAAGACAGAAAAACGAGGGUUAAAUAAAGAAGACUUUAUUUCUCACACAUAAAGGAAACUUCUCAUUUCUCUAACUUUCCCUAUUCUCUCGAAAUGACUUCUUGAACAUUGAGUUAAGUUGAAGAUGAUAUCCCGAUAUCGAAAGUAGUUAGCAUUCGAAGAUAUCGCAGUACCACCGAUGGUGCGGAUAUUUUCGAUACUGCGAUGACAUCGGGGUAUUGGCAGUGUCCCCAGAGGGAUACAAGGGAGAUGAGAGAAGUUCUUGCCGCGAAAAGUGACGACGGUAGUUCAGUCUAGUCUAAACCGAAUAGUAACGACUCGGGCUUUCGUGUGAUUUGAGAACGCUGCUGAGUAAAGGAUUGAUUCACGGGCUAUAAUACCGCCAAACCAAAGAGCCCUAAUAGAUUCAGGUCAAUGCCACUACCGUUCUUCGAAGUCGUUUAUUAUGUGGGAAGAGCGGAGCCCGUUCUCAUGCCAUACAGGUCGCCGGUAACCUGUGUGUGCAGCAGACUUUGCGUUGAGAGGAUUCGCUGCAACCCGAAGUCAAGGUAGAAGGACCCUCUAAAAGGACUUUUUUCUUCGCGCGAUACCUUUCUUCGCAUGACUGUCGAUCCAGUACACCGAAUAAAAAUUAAAUAUGCUCCAUUAAUACUUUUCAUGUAAAUUAUUAAUUUCAUUAUAUAUAAUUAAUUACGUAAUUAGAAUAAAGUAUACGUAUUGUGAAAAUUAAAUAAAAAUCGGCAAACUUGAUCAGAUUAA